UACUUUUAGAGAGCUUUAAAUAGAGCCAUUUGUACAUUGAACUUGGUAAAAACAAUUAAACCACAAAAAUGGCCAAACUAAGCCUCCUACUUGUACUUCUUCUCAUCUUCUUCGCCUCUUCUUCAUGUACUUGUCCACAUGACCAAAUGAAUGCCCUUUUUCAAUUCAAAUCCUCCCUUACCAAGAGUAUAAAUACUCAUUCAAAUGAGUCAUCAGUGUUUGGUAUGGAUUCAUGGAAGCCUGGUUCAGAUUGUUGCCUUUGGGACCGAGUCGCGUGUAGUUCAUCCAGCACGAAAAAAUCAAGGGUUGUGAUUGCUCUGUAUCUUGAUUCAAUUGUGUACAUAGACCCCGAAAGUCCCAUGGUUUUGCCUACUAGUGUCUUGAUGCCAAUCUUUGGCAUUAGAACCUUGAUGCUACUUGACAUAUCUUCCAACCAUAUAGAAGGUGAAAUCCCGGGGACUGCGUUGGCUAAUCUCGGCAAAUUGGUCCAUCUUGACGUGAAGGUAAACAAAUUCCACGGCUUCAUUCCGCAACAAAUUUUCCAUCUCAAAUAUUUGCAGUACCUUGACAUGAGUGAAAAUUUGCUGAAUGGUAAUCUCAGCCAUGAAGUGGGCUCUCUUAAACACAUGAGGACACUGAAGUUGGAUCAGAAUCUUCUCCAAGGAAGUAUUCCUGAGGAGAUCGGAAACCUCAAGAAGUUAGAGGAAUUGUCCCUUCGCAGCAACGAGUUUGAGGGUGGGAUUCCGUCUUCGAUCUUAUCCUUGAAGGCGUUAAAAGUGUUGGAUUUAAGGGAUAACCUAUUGUCAAUGGAGAUUCCUUCCACUAUUGACAAGUUAUCCAACUUGACCACCUUGGCCUUGGGUGGCAAUAGGCUAACCGGUGGAAUCCCAUCAUCGAUGCAAAAACUCAAAAAUUUGGAUACUCUUUCCUUGGAGAAAAACUUACUAGAUGGAGAGAUUCCUAAGUGGUUGUUCAACAUGAAGAGCCUGAAGAAUUUGUUGCUUGGAAGGAACAACUUGACUUGGAAUGGCUAUGUGAAGACUAUGGCGCCAAUGUUUAAUCUGUCUAAAUUGUCUUUGAGCUCUUGUGGACUUAAAGGGGAAAUUCCAAGCUGGAUUUCCUCACAAAAGGGACUCAAUUUUCUUGACUUGAGUGAGAACCAGCUUGGAGGUACAUUUCCACAAUGGCUGGCUGAAAUGGAUGUUGGCAGCAUAAUUCUCUCAGACAACAAGCUAAGUGGCUCUCUUCCGCCUCGCCUUUUUUACUCUAUAAGCUUAUCGGUUCUUGCCUUGUCCCGCAACAACUUUUCUGGAGAGCUACCGGAAAAUAUUGGGGAGGCCAACGGGAUAAUGAUCCUUAUGCUGGCUUCAAAUCAAUUUUCAGGAGAGAUCCCAAGGUCCAUCUCAGAUAUUUAUCGCCUUCUUCUAUUGGACUUGUCGAUGAAUAGAUUUUCCGGCACAAGUUUCCCUUCUUUUGAUGGUGCAUUUCUUGCUUAUGUCGAUCUUUCAUCAAAUGAAUUCUCUGGUGAGAUUCCCACGACCUUUUCUCAAGAAACUCGGAUUCUUGCAUUAGGAAAUAACAAGUUCUCAGGCGACUUUCCUAUGAACUUGACUAAAUUUAGCAUGCUCGAGCAUCUAGAUCUCCAAGACAACAAUAUCACAGGUGAGAUUCCAACUUUCCUCUCCCAAAUCUCUACCCUUGAAGUUCUGGUCUUGAGGAACAACUCUAUACAAGGUUCGAUCCCCGAGAGUAUAUUCAACCUCAGUAGGCUCCGAAUUUUUGAUGUCUCAAACAACAAAAUGACUGGAAAAAUCUCCAGUAAGUUUGGAAAUCUUGAUGGAAUGAUCAAAACCCCAAACACAAUUUCUUCACUUCCCAUCAUUUUCACCUUCUCAAUCGAGUUCAACGACUUGAUAGUCACUUGGAAAAAAUCGAAACAAGGCCUCUCAAGCCGCAGCCUUAGUAUCUACUCUUUCCUAGACUUGUCAAGGAAUCAACUUUCUGGCAAAAUUCCUGCCUCGCUAGGCAAGCUAAAGGGUCUAAAGCUCCUCAACAUUUCACACAACAACCUCUCUGGCAACAUACCAUCAAGUUUUGGCGAUUUGGAGAGCGUAGAGAGCUUGGACUUGUCACACAACAAGCUAUCUGGUUUGAUUCCACCAACACUAUCAAAGCUGACAGAGUUAUCUACAUUGGAUGUGAGUAACAACAUGCUCUCGGGGAAGAUUCCUGUUGGUGGCCAAAUGGACACAAUGGCUGAUUCAGCCACCUAUGCCAACAACAGCGGAUUGUGCGGGAUGCAAAUUCGUGUCCAGUGUGCAGAUGAAGGGCCGCCAGCGGGAGCAGGAGGAGGGUUCCCCGGAGAAGAACAAGAAGAGGCUGAAGAUGAGAAAUGGUUCUCGUGGGAAGGUGCUGGGAUAGGAUACUCAGUUGGGCUCCUCUCAACAGUAGUUAUCAUGUACUUAUUUGAUUAUUUUGCUCCAGUUUUAGUGCAAGUUAGGAGUACACGGAGAAGGAGAAGAGCUUAGAUUGAGACGUCUAAUUUCCUUUGCGAUAAAAAGUUU